AUGGCUCUGUUUGGGCUCUCUCUGUUCACUCUGUUUUCUUUGACCCACAUUGUUCUGCUUUCAACUCUCUGUUCCGCUGCAGACCCCAUCGUCUCCUAUGACUUCCGAGUCUCUUACAUCACCGCCUCCCCGCUCGGCGUUCCUCAGCGGGUUAUAGCAGUUAAUGAGAAGUUUCCUGGUCCUCCUAUCAAUGCUACUACAAAUAACAAUGUUGUUGUUAAUGUACACAAUGAAUUGGACGAACAUCUCCUCCUUACUUGGUCUGGGAUCCAAAUGCGGCGCAAUUCAUGGCAGGAUGGUGUUCUUGGCACAAAUUGUCCAAUCCCUCCUAAAUGGAAUUGGACUUAUCAGUUUCAAGUUAAGGAUCAGAUCGGGAGCUUCUUCUACUUCCCAUCUUUAAAUUUUCAGAGAGCAGCAGGGGGUUUUGGUUCCUUUCAUAUUAAUAACAGGGAAAUUAUUGCAAUUCCUUUUAAUAAGCCUGAUGGGGAUAUCUUCAUUACUAUUGGUGACUGGUAUACACGAAACCAUACGGCACUGAGAACUGCUCUUGAUGCUGGAAAAGACCUCGGGAUGCCAGAUGGAGUUCUUAUCAAUGGGAAGGGGCCUUAUCAAUAUAACAAUACCCUAGUACCUGAUGGGAUUCAGUUUGAAACCAUCAACGUUGAUCCAGGAAAGACUUAUCGAUUACGUGUGCACAAUGUUGGUAUUUCAACAAGUUUGAACUUCAGAAUUCAGAGUCACAAUCUGCUUCUAGCUGAAACAGAAGGGCAUUAUACAAUGCAACAAAACUAUACAAACUUUGAUAUUCAUGUCGGACAGUCAUAUUCAUUUCUUAUUACCACGGAUCAGAAUGCCAGUAGUGACUACUACAUUGUUGCAAGUGCAAGGUUUGUAAAUGAGUCACUUUGGCAAAGGGUUACUGGUGUUGCUGUCUUACACUAUUCCAACUCUAAAGGUCCAGCAAGUGGUGCUCUCCCUGACCCUCCCAAUGAUGUUUAUGACAAGACAUGGUCGAUGAACCAGGCAUUGAGUAUCAGGCAAAAUGGAUCUGCAAGUGGAGCUCGCCCUAAUCCUCAGGGAUCAUUUCACUACGGUUCAAUUAAUAUCACCGAUACAUACGUGUUAAAGACAGUGCCACCACAGAUAAUCAAUGGGAAACUGCGAGCUACACUAAAUGGCAUCUCAUUUUCCAAUCUUACUACACCAAUCAGGCUUGCUGAUCUGCAUAAAGUUAGAGGAGCCUAUAAGCUUGAUUUCCCCAAUAAGCCACUAAAUAGAUCCCUCCGAAAUGACAUAUCUGUUAUCAAUGCUACAUAUAAGGGUUUUAUUGAAAUCAUUUUCCAGAACAAUGACACCACAGUGCAGAGUUUUCAUUUGGAUGGAUAUUCCUUUUUUUUGGUUGGGAUGGAUUAUGGUGAGUGGACUGAAGACAGCAGAAAUAGAUACAAUAAGUGGGACGGAAUCUCUCGCUGCACUGCACAGGUUUUCCCUGGUGCAUGGACGGCAGUGCUCGUCUCACUUGACAACCCUGGGGCAUGGAAUCUUAGAUCACAAAACCUUGAUAGAUGGUAUCUGGGCCAAGAGACAUAUUUGAGAAUUGUGAAUCCAGAGGAGAAUGGUGAAACAGAGUUUGGUGCGCCCGAUAAUGUUCUGUAUUGUGGUGCCCUAGCCUACUUGCAGAAGGAACAGAAGCACUCUUCUGCAACAUCAAUUUCCGGAGGAAAUAUCAAGCUCUUCUCCCUGCUAAUGGCAUUCUUCACUUUGGUUUUGUACUUUUAG